GUGGAAUUGUCCGGGCCGGGCGAGUUCCCGCGCUUCUCUCCCGCCAUUGGUUGGUGUUUUGAAACCUCAAAGAAACGUUGGCGCCCCUGGAUGACGUAGAAACGACUGUUUGGCGGCAGGGUUGAUGCGUCAGUGGCUGCGGCGCGGUUCUGAGCCUCCGUUUGCUCGGCUCGCGGCCAAGCUGGCCCGCAGCUGCAGGCGAGCUCCCAGGCCUUGAGCCUGCUUCCUCCAGAUUCUGUUUAUUCAAAAUAUAAGAAAAUGAAAAGAAAAGUAACAAAAGUUGGAAACUUUAGAUUUAGUCCCAAUGAGGAAGCUUUGCUUUUGAAGGAAGAAUAUGAAAGAAGACGAAAACAAAGAUUACUGCAGGUUAGAGAACAGGAAAGAUGCAUUGCUUCUCAGUUAAGACAAGAAGUAAAACAAAGGAGAGAUCAAUACCUCCAUCAUUUGGCAGAAGAGUUGAGGGUAGAAUGGGAAAAAACACAAAAACAGAAAAUCAAAGAACUGGAAAACCUAUAUAUUGCAAGCUUACGUUGUGUGGGAGAAGGACAUCGUAGUGCCAAGGAAAAUGAUCCUCGUAUACAUGAAAUAAUAAAGCAAAGAGAGGAAAGGCAACAAAGAGCAGAGGAAAGAGGCCAGGAAGCAUUGAAAAAAAUGAAAAAGGAAAAGGAAAAGUUAUUGAAAAAAAAAUCAUGGUAUGUAGAAACUCGUAAGAAAGUACUACUAGAGGAAAAAGAAAGAGCUGCAAAAAUUGCAAGUCUUCCACCCCCUCCUCCAGAUCCAUUUGAGGCUGUCCUCACACUUAAGACAUACUCUCUUCCUGGAAAAGGCACAAAUGUUCAAGUAAAGGGAAUUUCUACAUUAAAGAGCAACACUGCUAGUAAUCCUCCUACUUAUCAUCAUCUUGGCCCAAGUGUCAUAAACGAGGAGAAGGAUGUAGAGCAGAACCUUCAAUUGAAGCAAAUUUCUAAGAUUACUAGUACUACUACUUGUACUAGUACUAUUACUACUUGUUCCACUUACAAUUUUGAACCAACUGUGGAGAGAGAGAUGGAAGUACAGCAGCCAGAUCCUCAUUUGGCUGCUGAAGAAGAAACAAAGAGGUUGGAGAAACUACAGAAAGAAGCAAUCCAAGAAAAGAGAGAACAGCUUGAAAAGGCUCACAUACGAGGAAUUCAUGCUAUGAGAAAGGUUCAUUUGGCUAAAAACAGAGAGAAAAUAAUGAAAGAGCUGGAACAGCUGCAACAAGUGGACCUCGCUCGGAGAAGGCAGAAUGUGGCGCAGAUGCCACCACAGGUGGUUGAGCUGCCAUACAAACGCAUGGAAAUUAAAGAGGACUGGCAGAGGGAACUAGAGUUUGCCUUUGAAGAUAUGUACAAUGCAGACAGGAAGGUGAAGGGAGACCUGAUUUUGAAACUAGAGCCAGAGCCUUUGCCAGUUGUGACUGAACUCAUGCAGGAUGAAGAACUGGAUCUUUCAAUGGAGCAAGACUGCACAUCUGAGAUUCAGAACCAAGAGAGAAUGGAAGAAGAAACUCCAUUUCUCACAGAAACAAAAUCUCCAUUGGCACAGGAGACCCAUCAUGCACCUUCAAAAACUGUAUUAAAAAAAUUAUUAGACAGAAUUCAGAGCCAGAGAUCUCAGUGGGCAAAUAAGUACACUUCCGAAGAUGAAAAUGAAAUGCCUAAAAAUUUUGUUGAUGGUGAAAGUGAGACAAUAGAGACAGGAACACUUGUCAGUGAAGAAAAACCACUGGAUAAAUCAGAACAUACAACAGAACAAGGUGAAACAAAACAACUUAGUGGCCUUGGAGGUGAAACAUUCAAAACUGAGUUGGAAACAGAUCUCAGAAAAGAACAGCCAUGCAAAAACCUUACAGAAUCUGGAAACAACAAAGGCUUAGAAUCAUCUGAAAGUGAAAUUUCCCAGGUAGAUGAAAAGUCGGUUCUACUUGAUCCUCAUGAAGAGGCUACAGACAGACAAAAACAGAUGAUGAAACUUGAACAACAAAAGCAAAAACAGCUGGCAUUAAUUAGACAGAUUGAACAACAGAGAAUAAGACUGGAGAGUGAAUGCCUAAAAGCUCGAAAGACUCAACUAGAACUUGAGAGGAAAAAAAUAAAAGAAAGAAUUCAGCAGUUUUAUUUAAGAUAUAUGAAAUCUUAUCCUUUUGUGGACCAGUGGAAGAAAGAAGCCUCUGUGGUCCCUCAGCAUUUAAUGAAUGAUGCUCCAACAAUUGAUUUGGAAAUUUCCAGAGAAGAUUGUAGUAGAGAAAUGAUUCAUAAUUACCAGCAACAUCUUUUACAGCAAAACAGGUUUCACAAACAAUCCAUUGAUGCAGCCAGGAAACGUUUGCAUGAGUAUCAAAAUAUGUUAAAACAAAGGUAUCCAUCCCAGUCAACCAAGAACAUUUCAUCUGAUUUCGUAAAGCCUAAACAUGAAUCACUUGAUAGAAAAACACUAACAUUCCAGGCCAGGUCUUGUCUUCCAGGAGUAUCACAAUUACCAACUUUAUAUUCAUUACCAAGUUAUCCUAUCAUAACGGGAAACACUCAUUUGCUUUCCUUAGAGAACAAUGAAAGGAUAUCUUCUGGUCAGACUGCUUUUUCUUAUUCAGGAUCACUUAUUCAGCCUUCAGUACCUUCUGCUGAACCUGAAUCUAAAUUGGGAAGAAUCCAAGAUCUCUUUUCAACUGAGAGUCAAAUUAGUCCACAAUUUUUAAGUCAUUUCAUAAGUUCAGAGGCUAGGCCCUUCCUUUCUUCAGAUCAUAUACUGUCUCAGAAGGAUAGUUUGAAGACAGUACAAGAGCCGUUAGAGGUACAAAAGGAAACUUUUCAUUUUACUGAGAAAACCCCAGAAGAAUUAAUUGUACAUAGGCAGACUGAAUUGGAAGAAAGGAUGCUUUCUAAUCAGACUGGCUUCUCUCCUUCAAUACCAUCAUUCCCUCAGCAUUCUCUUUCUCUGUCUGCUUCUGCUGUACCUGAAUCUGAACGAAUCCAAGAACCCUUUUCAAUCAAGAAUGACAAUAUAGUUCCUUCAAGCUAUUCUCUAAAGCAAAUAAUCCCAGAUAGACUUUUAUCUUCAGAAGACACCCUGUAUCAACAAUGUAAUUUAAAUGCAGUCCGAAAACAAUUGAAUAUACAAAGGGAAGCCCUUCACUCAUGCCUGAAGGCCCAGGCAAAACUGGUUUCACAUAAAUCAGCUUUGGUAGAGGGGAAAGUACCUUCCAGUCAGACUGUACCACUGGUCCCUCAGCGUUUCCUUGGUUCAUCACUUUCUGCUAAAUCAGACUGUGGAGGAGUUCAGAAACACUUUUUAACCAAGAGUGAGAGCACAAUUGCUUCAAGCCCGCCCCUCAAACAAGUAUUUCAGGAUAGGCCUCUCAUUUCAGAAGAUAGUCUACAUCAAGUAGAUAGUAUGGAUAUUUUGAAAGCAAUGCAACAACAGUGGGCUUUACAGAAGGAAGCCUUCAACUUUGGUCAGAAAACCCAGGAGCUAAACCUUGUAAAUAGACCAAUUGCAGUGCAAGAAAAGAAGUCCUCUUCUCAGACAGAGUCUCCUUUACUACCACUUUCCCCUCAGCUUGCACUUGGCUCAUCACCUUCUGAUGAAUCUGAAUCUGUAGGAAUUCAGGAAUUCCAUUUAACAAAGAGAGAUACUACAUAUCCUUUAGAUUAUUCCACAACUCAGGAUCAAUGUUUGACUUCUUCAGAACCCAUAAUUGCUCAGCAAGAUAAGCAAGAACAGUUAGAUUUGCAGAAGGAUUUAUUUCUUUGUAGUGAGAAAGCUCAUCCAGCUGUAGCAGAGGAAGGAAUACUUUCUAGUCACACCAGGCCCUCUUUAGUACCAUUGAUUCCUCAACAUUCAUACAAUUCAUUACACUCUGCCAAAUCUGAAUCGGGAGGAAUCCGUUUCCCUUUACCAAGGAAAUGUGAACCUGAAAUAUGUCCCUCAAGUGUUUCUUCAAUCCAGAUAUUUGAGGAUAAGGUUUUGGCUCCUUCACAACACAUUUUACCUCAGCAGCGUAAUCAGAUGGCUAUCCAGGAACCAAGAAAUGUACAGACGGAAGCCUUUUGCAUUAGUGAGAAAAUUCAGGAAGAGCUAUUGGUACAAUCUAAGAUGGCUUUGGAGGAAAGGCUAUCUUCUAACCAGGCUGACUUUUCUUUCCUACCGUUAAUAUCACAGCAUUCAUUUACUUCUCUACCUUCUACUGAGUCUGGAAGCAUCCAGAUAACCAGUUCACAUCCUGCAACCCCUAACAUGCAAAUAUUUCAGAAAAACCUUUUGGCUUCUUCAGAACACAUUCUUCCUCAGCAGGAUGAUUUGAAUCUUCAGCAAGAACAAUUGGAUUUAGAGAGGAAAGCCUUUCAUUUUGAUGAGAGAGCCCAGUACCAGACAUUGGUGAAUGAAAGAUUUUCUGCUCAGGCUGACUCUUUUGUACCAUCAUUAGCUGUCCAUGCUGGUUCACCACCUUCUAAUUCUGAGGAAAUCCAAAACCCUCUUAUAGGCAAGAGUGAAAGCACAAAUCCUACAAGAUACUCCACAGACCUAGUAUUUCAGGAUAGAGUUUCAACUUCAGAUGACAGCCAAUAUCAGCAAGAUAAUUUUAAAGCAAUACAAGAACAAUUGAAUAUACACAGGGAGGUCCUUUCCUUUGGUGAGAGAUCUCAGUUACAGUACCAUGACUACAAACUUGCAGCCAUGGAAGAAAGGACAUCUAAUCAAGCUGAUUCCUCUCCUUUUUUGCCACAGCUCCCUUUACAUUCAGUUAGUUCAUUGCCUUCAGCUGAAGCUGAGUCUCUUCCUGAUUCUGAAGAAUACCAAGAAUCUUUUUUAACCAGUCAAGAAAACACAUUUCCCUCAAGCCAGUCUUCAACUCAAAUGUUUCAGGAUAAGCUUUUGGCUUCUUCAAAGCAUUUUUCAUCUGCUCAAGACAAUUUAGAGGUGCUCCAGAAACAAUUGAAUAUACAAAAAGAAUAUUUUGAGGGGAGACAGAAAGCCCAAGAAGAAUGGCUUCUUCAAAGAAGACAGACUGGACUAGAAGAAGAGUUACAGAAGCAUGAAGAGGCAUUAAAGGAUUCACUUUAUGAGAAUCAGGCAAAUAAGUCUGUACCCCAAAAUGUGAAAGAAAUAAAGCCAGUGCAAUUCACACAAUUAUUUCUGUCACAAGAAGUAGAAAGAAAUCAUCAGGAAGGACUUAAUCAUACAGAGAAAAGCAAAUGUGAUGAUAGAGAAUUGCUUUUAGAAAACAUCAAUGCAGAUGAGCAUAUUGGUCAGCCACAAAACAGAGACCUAAGACAAAGACUUUCAAAACCACCUGUAGCAAAAAUCAGAGCAGGACUAGAUUUAAAUCAACAUGAACUUAGUGUUAUUCAAGAAGUGGAAUCACCAAAAAGCGGUAGAGCUUCAACUAAAGACAAGAGAGAAUGUUAUAAGCAGAUUUCUUCCAAAUUACUUUCAAAUGAUUUGGAUUCUAACAACCAUGAAGAAACUAUUGUUCAAUAUAGAGAUCCUGUCAGGAUAUCAGUAAGCCAAUACCUGAGUUUGGGGGAUGGAUCACAAGAGAGUAAUCAGGCUGCUAGCCUACAGACUGCAAAGCCAAUUCAUAGAAGUAGUGAUGAUGGCAUGUAUCAUUCAGGCCAGACUGAGAACGUUAUAAUGGAGAAUCAUGAGUUACUCAGUUAUGCUGCUGAUUUGGAGCAGAAAGUGCUUAUAUAUCCUGGUUCAACUUUCAAGCCAAAAAAGAUUUUGCCAUCCAUACCAUGGUCCAGUAAUGACUUUGGUUCUCAGUCCCAUGUGCAAGAGUUACAAGAUGAUCAGUCAUCUUCAUUAACAGUGUCUAGUGGGAGCUUUUUAAGUAAUGAAAAGUCUCAUUUAAACCUUGAAAAUUCAGAAUUAGAACAAACUUUUCCACAUUUAUAUCAUCAGCUCUUUCAUGCUCUGGAACCUAGACCUGACUUAGAUUUUUCAUCAUCUGUUUCUCAGUCUGGACUUUCUCAAGACCUGAGCAAGACCACAUAUCCUUCAACCCCUGCAAGCCAUGAUACAGUUGGAUCUCAUGAAAGUACAAACUCCACCACAGCUAUGAGGGCCACCAGUUUUCAUUCUUCUCUUGGUAUAGACUUGCAUUCGGCUAUGAAUAGAAUGAAUGUGUCUCUUGAUUCCUCCCAAACUGAAAAUUUGCCUAAAGAAAAAACUAUUUUGGCAUUGUCUGAAGAAUUAUUUCAACCACUUCAACCUGAAUCUGUUUUAAGUGACAGUAGCUAUUGUACUGAAGGACCUUCACAGAACUUUAAAAAGGAAAAAUUUUCUCUUGGAAAGCAGUAUGAGGAGUUACCAAUACAGAAGAGAAAUGCUGAUGUCUGUCCAAGAAGGGCAGUUCUACAGAGCCCAACUUUCACUUCCUCUGAUGAUCCACAUCUGUUUGAUAGAAUGAGGGUGCCACACAGCACACCUUAUGAUUCUUCUUCAAGCAAGAGUUCAACAAAAGACCAAAUAGAAUCUAGAAAAGAGGAUUUGGGUUUUGAUGAAAUGAAAGGGAGUCAAACUGACGUUAUUACAGGUGCUCCGAGUGAAACAGAUAGUAGGUGUGUGGUCAGAGAUCCAGAGACAUGUUUAGAAAGAUCAAGUGGAUCCAUAACAAGUGAAGAAAGUGUGGAGAUCUUUCGAAACACACCUCAGCAAUUGCCAUCAUCAUUCUUAAUAAGUCUCAGAUCCUGUUCAAUACAGAGCUCUGUGCCAGUUUGGGUAAGUGAGGAGACAAUAUCAGGACAUGGCAUCAUGGAAGAAGCUGAACUUACUUUAAUCAGCUCUACUGAUAAUAGUGAUACAAAUUCAGAUGUGGAAAAUUUGAUUGAAGAACAAAACAAGGGGAGUGAAUUGAAAAGCUGUUUUCAGGUGAAGCAAGAUUCAGAGUUGAAAGAAGAUUAUUCCGUUUGGAAACCAGAUUUAACUGUUACAGAACUUCCUGAGGAGAGACCAUCUUCCUCCUUCCAACAUCCUGACACAUUCCAAGAAUGUAGUUCUGCACCAGGAAGCUUACAAGAAGCAUUUGUAAAGGAGAAAAUUUCAUUAGUUCAGCAAUCAUCACAAAGACAAAAAGAAAUUAAUAAUGAAACUCAAACUUCUGGAAAAUCUCAGCCUAAAUCAACUCUACAAAUUGAAAGAAAAAAGUACCUAGUGGAGAGAAAAUCUUCUGAGUCAUCAGUGAGUCAUUUAAAGAAAGUGAAUGAAGUUAAAGUGUGUUUCCCUGAAGCUAGGAAAACUGCACAAUCUCUUCGGCAUCACCAGGCUUUAAGAUUAUUUAAUCAGUUAGCUGAAGUGAGACAACAAAAGGAAGAGAAAUCAAGACAGGAUGCCUCUGCUAGAAACAGAGAAAGGGCAAGAGAGUUUCACAGGAUGAGAGAAGUAUUUUGUCUAGAAUGUAACAACUAUUGCUCAGUUUGGAGGAUGCCAGAGUUAGCUGUUGCUGAAUCUACCUCAUUCCAUCUUACAGAGCCAGCAGUGAGUGAGUUGAAGACAGUGAAUGAAGUUAAAGUAUGUGUCUCUGAGGACACGAAGAUUGAACAAUCAUUUAUGAAAGGACUGGCUUUAAGGUUAUAUAAUCAGCUCACUGAAGUGACGAAACAACAAAAGGAAAAGCAAGCAAGACAAGAAGACUGAUAAAAUAAGGAAAGAGCAAAAAGGUUUAACAGGGUAUGUUGUUUAAACUUUUAUCCUUGGGUCUUGUCAUUAGUAUAAUUAUACUGUUUAUAUAGUACCCAUAGUAAGAAUUCUUCUGGGAAUAAGUAAUCCAGUUAACAAGGCUUUAUGUGUGACAAACAUUAUUUUUGUAGUCUUAAUAGUUUUUACUAACCAUUUUUUAAGACUACACUUGUGAUUUGAUGCAAUGGAAAAAUACCCCUGUGAACUUUUCCUAUCAGUGUAAAUUGGCACCUUUUUUUUAUGAUCUUAAGAGAGUUACUUGGGGCACGUAGAUGAAGUAACUAGAACAGGGUCACAACCAAUAGGAGUCAGAGAGAAGACUUGAAGUUGGUAUCUUGAUUUCCAAGGUGGACUUUUUUUUUUAAUUUUUUUUUCCCAAGGUGGACUUUCAAUCAGCUUUGAUAUACUGCUUUUCUAACAAAUGUCUUCUAUGG